UAUAAAUAUUCAACAGUGAUUUACUUUUUACCAAAGCGCGUUUUUAUUUAAAGCUGGGCCAAUGUAUGGACAAGUCUGUAACCGAAAAGAUACUGAAUAUAGAAAAAAUAAACAAAACAGAGCGUUUUAAAUAACUUUGUUAAGAGGGCAUUGUUAUUGUAUCUUCACUUUCAAGGCAAGGGAUUUUUGUAACAAUGAAAUCCUUAUCAGUAAUUAUGACGGUUUUCUAUGUAGCAAAUGUUAUCGGUAACGCCGUAGCAAGAUCGAAAGGUGGAAAAAUGCCCGCUCAACCAAUCAAGCUAUAUUAUUUACCACCGUCUCCUCCAUGCAGAGCGGUGAUGAUGACCGCGAGGGCAUUAGGCCUGGAACUCGAUUUGAUACUCACUAAUAUUUUGGAAGGGGAGCAUAAGACACCUGAAUUUACGAAGAUAAAUCCUCAGCAAACUAUACCAACGAUGGAUGAUAACGGAUUCAUUAUGUGGGAAAGUCGAGCAAUUAUGGCCUAUAUGGUUAAUGCAUACGGUCGAGAUGAUUCCUUAUACCCAAAAACUCCCCGACAAAGGGCAAUCGUUGAUCAGCGACUACACUUUGACCUUGGAACCUUGAUUCCAAAAUAUAUAGGUUUAUAUGUGCCGAUGCUUUUCCACGGAGCACCCUAUAACGAAGAAGAAGCAGUUAAAUUAAAUAAUGCUCUUAAAAUAUUAGAUAUAACUCUAGAGGGUCAUGAGUUCGUUGCCGGUGACAAUUUAACUAUCGCAGAUAUUUCUAUAAUCGUGACCAUCAGUAACUUAGAGGCUCUCAAAUUUGAUUAUAGUGCGCACCAAAAUAUAGUAAAAUGGUUCGAACGCACAAAGAAAGCUUUAGAACCAUAUGGUUAUGAAGAAAUCGACAAAGCUGGAGCACAGCAAAUAGCAGGCUUUUUGAAAAAAACAUAAAUUAAGCACAACAUAUUGUAAAGUAUUUCAGUUUCAAUUAAAAUUAAUAUUAUAUUGUAGAUUAUUUCAGUUUAUUCACGAAUAAAUCAUUACACACAA